CGAACAACAACGCACCGCGACCCUCUUUGAUGGACGCGCUGCAACAACAUCUCUGACAACGCGCCGCAAACUGCUUGUCGCCUAUCGCAUGCAUGCGUGAAGCAUAGGAGCUCGCGUCUUUUUACAAUUCGGCGUCGCGCAAGGCCUGCUUCUCCGAGGAGGCAGAAGGCAUUGCCCAUCGCCGCCGACCUGAAGCUUCCCUGUUCCGUCGUCCACGAUGUCGCUCUUUGGCCAGUCGAAGGGCCUCGGCUCCGGGGGUCUCUUCUCGCAAUCACAGCCUGCUCAGCAGACGCAACCGACACAGCCGACAAGCAAUGUCUUUGGUCAAACGUUGGGCGGUGGACAGCAGGGAGGCGCUCUGGGCAGCUCGAUGAUGCAGCAGCCACAGCAGGUUCAGCAAAUGCCUGCCCUCGCACAGUCUGCCGCCCAACUCUCGAGCUCGUUAUGGCAGCCGGGUAAAGAGACGCCUCACCAGAAGCCCAUUCUGGACCAGAUCAAGCUCGUUACCGAGAAAUGGGAUCCUUCAAACCCUAGCUGCGUUUUCAAACACUACUUUUACAACAAGGUUGACGAGGCACACAUUCCUUUCUACAAACCUCAGCCGCACGAGGACCCUCGCGAAUGGGAAGAGGCUCUGCAGAAUAAGCCAGCGCCGGGUUUCAUGCCCGUGCUCUGCUCUGGAUACACUGGUGUGGCGGACCGUCUCAAGACACAGAAGCGGGCCAUCUCCGAGUUCAAUACGCGGCUGCACCAAAUCAAUGGCAGCCUUGACGCCAUCCUCCAGCGCCACGAGCUCGAGACAGAGGUCAGGGCACUUGCGGCACGGCGGCGACAGACUGCCAUCAGCGAGCGAUGCCUAGCGUUGGCGGCACGAGUCCAAAUUCUGCGGAACAGGGGCUACGCGCUGAGCGGUGACGAGGAUGACCUCAAGAACCGGCUACAGAACCUGUGUCGGGAAGUGCAGGAUCCAGCAUUGGGAGCAAGAGAGGAGGAGCUAUGGAGCAGGCUCAUUGUGCUGCGGGCAUACUCUGAGCGUCUCAACAAGGAGCUCGACAAGCCGGCGGUCAAUGGCAGCGAAGAGCUUGACCCGGACAUGGUGGCCAAGGCCAAGCGGGUACUGGAAGACUACGAGAAACAGCUGCAGCACUUGAAAAAGGAGUUGGAAGCACUGGGGCUGGACUUUGACGAGUGGGAAAAGAGCCGCGGCGCCAAUACGAAAGCUAGAUGAUACCACUGCUUCGGACAGGCGAACGAAAUGGACAUGUUUUAGCCCAAUUUGGGGGCAUCUCAAUUACUUACGCAACGGCGAAAUGAGACACCGCCGAUAUUGGUCGUUAAUGCCCUGACGAUGCUGCAACACUGCGAGUACACGGCGGUGAGGAACGGUAGCCUCAAAGCUGCAGUUUUAUAAUCUGGCCCUUGCUUGCGCGCCAUGAAUACCCAUAGUCACGCCUGUUUCUUGUGGAAAUCAUGUUGUUUUAACGCUUGGCUCUAGCCGUCAUGGUAUGAUACAACAGGGCCGGUGGUUGUCCGUGACAUGCCC